GGAGCUAUAUAGAGAUGGAGAAGAGAUUCAAGGUGUGGACUUAUGAGGAAGGAGAGCCACCUAUUGUUCAUGGAGGCCCUGAAGCAGACAUAUACGCUAUUGAAGGGCACUUCAUAAGUGAAAUGGAGGACAGAAGAAACCCAUUCAGGGCUCGCCAUCCAAGCGAAGCUCAUGUCUUCCUUCUCCCCUUUAGUGUGGUGAAUAUUGUAGAGUAUGUUUACAAGCCAGAAGCCAAGGAUUAUUGGGGUCCUCUCAAGAGAUUAAUAGCUGAUUAUAUUAAUGUGAUCUCGGAUAAGUAUCCUUACUGGAAUCGGAGUCAUGGAGCUGAUCAUUUUAUGGUUUCUUGUCAUGAUUGGGCACCGCACCUAUCGGUCGCGAACGCGGAUCUGCACCGCAAUUCCAUACGCGCCAUCUGCAACGCCAACACAUCGGAAGGCUUCAAGCUCGGCAAGGACGUCACCCUGCCGGAAGUCCACCUCCCCGAUGGCGGCCUCUCCUCGCCGGCGCGGGAGCAAACUUCCGUCGACAGCCGAAAGUUGCUCGCCUUCUUCGCCGGCGGAGCCCACGGCUACAUAAGGGAGGCCCUUCUUCGGCACUGGAAGGAUAAAGACUCCGACGUGGUCGUCUAUGAGUACCUCCCCAAGGGGAUCAACUACGGCCAGAUGAUGAGCAAAGCCAGGUUCUGCUUAUGCCCAAGCGGAUUUGAAGUGGCGAGUCCGAGAAUCGUUGAGGCCAUCUUCAAUGGUUGUGUGCCGGUGAUUAUCUCCAUUGACUACCCGCCGCCGUUCGCCGACGUGCUCGACUGGAGCAAAUUCUCGAUAGAGAUACCGGUGGAGCGAAUACCGGAGAUUAAAGAUAUACUGGGGAACAUAUCAGCAAGAAGAUAUGGGGUUCUGCAGAGAAGAGUGGUGCAGGUGCAGCGCCAUUUUGUGCUGAAUAGGCCGGCUAAGAGAUUUGAUGUGUUUCAUAUGGUUUUGCAUUCUAUAUGGCUGAGGAGGGUUAAUUUGAGGCUUAAUUAUUGAGGUAAUUAAUCAAAUAUUAGCGGUUGAUUAUGUAUGUGUUUGUAUUCAUAAAUUUGUUGGAAUGUAUAUGGAU